AUGGCGGUAGCACAGCAGGAAGCAGCAGCCCGCCGGGCCAGCCAGCAAGGCGCCACAGCUCAAGACGGCGUCAAUCGGAACACCUCGGUCCGGUCCGUCAUGACCCUCCCUGCCUACCGCCCCAAGGCCACGGACACGGAACAGGUGCUGGGCCGGGAGGGCGAGCGUGAUGGCAUCGACACCGUCGUCGAGCUGCCGACCGCCGAGGAGGAAGAGGCCAUGCGUGAGGAGGAGAUGGAUGCCUUGUACCAGAUCCGACUGGCCAGGCGCCGCCAGCUCGCAGAGCGCGAGGAGAGACGGCAGGAGCGGAGAGAGGCAAGAGAGCGGCACGAUCAUCGUGCUCUGGCCGACAUCAGAUCACGAGCGAGGGAGGCGGCCGACCAGGCCGUGCGAGAGGUCGAUGAGCUCCGGGGACAGCACGACGCCAUCAAGCACAACCGGCAGCGCGCUGUCAGCAGCGUCUCCUACGCGGAUGUCGGCCUGGUCCGGGCAGAUGGCACAAGGCUGCGCGCAAACAGCAAUGAAAGCGAGCGCAUGGGCUUGCUGAGUGACGCCGCGAGCAUCGCCCUUAGCACGGGCGACGCUCAGAGUUCACUGCAGCACAGAAGGCACCCCAGCUCGCAGAGCGUCAUAAGCGUCGACACAUUCAGAAGCAAUAACGGAGGCGGCUCGAGGUCGGCGUCUCCAGGCCAGGGCACGGCGCGGAGCCGCGCCAGCUCGAGAGGCCAGCUGAGCGAGGGCUACAGCAUGGCCACCCUGCCACGAACGGGCUCUGCCAUGUCGCAACGAGCCGGGUCCAGCCCCGAACUGAUUGACGCGGCCGAAGCAGAUAUAGGCGAGACCGAGAUGCCGCUGCAUUCGCCUCCCGGGUACGACGACGUUUCCCUCGAAGAGCUGCCCCCGCCCGAGGUUUCCUACCAAUCAGGGAACUCGGGACGAGACAGCCCCUAUAACGAGCCGCCGCCCGACUAUCCCGGCCAAGCAGCGGAACGUGCACGCCGUGAGCAGGACAGUCCGACGCGAGCGCGACAGAAUCGUUUGUCAGCGCACAUGGCUGACCUCGCUGCCCAACAACAGCACCAGUUGGCUGCUGCCGAGGCGCACGGAGCUUCAACACACACGAGGCAAAGCUCGAGAGGGGUCGGCGGCAUCCCACAGCUUCCGAGCCUGAGGCUCUCUAAUCUCCCGCAGAUCGUCAUCGAGCCCUCAAGCGCUCGACCAAUAGACGAGCACGAGGACGAGAGGCCAUGA